CACAUAACAUGUGAUUUAUGAAAAAUGCAAUCUCUGCCGAAAACUAAAUUUUUAUGCUCUGAAAUUUCAAACCAGUUCCCUAAUAUCCGCUCAACAUUAGACUAUUUUUGUGGCUCGAACACUCAUUAUCUCGCACACAAACUCAGAAAUAUUAGUCAAAUUAGCGUUCAUCGAAAUGUAGACGUGACAAUCAUAGGAGGUGGGUGUUUCGGGGCCAGUCUGGCUUACCAUUUAACUCAGCUUAAUCCGAAGCUAAAGGUCGUACUUCUAGAAAAAACUGAACUCACCGCUGGUUCUACUUGGCAUGCUGCAGGCCUGGUCACCUACUUUCAUCCUGGAAUCAACAUGAAAAAAGUUCAUUACGAUAGCUUAUCUUGUUACCAUUCCCUCUUCCCAUCAGACACAUUAGCUCAAAAAAAUAAUUAUGACGAGUAUUCUGGAGCUUUUCACAUUCCUGGUAGUAUUAGAUUGGCUACCAAUCAACUCAGACUUGAGGAAAUGAAAUAUCAGAUGAAUAGAUAUUACGCUUGCGCACUGGCCACCAAUCAUAGAAGAGAUGCUAAAAAAUUAACGGAUAAUCCCAAAGUAUGGAUUGAUGACUCUAGUGUUGAACAGAGAUUGAUUACCCCUGAGGAAGUCAAGGAGAUGUGUCCUAUAAUUGACACUAAAAAUAUUUUAGCCGGCAUUUACACGGCUCGAGAUGGUCACAUAGAUCCAUAUUCCCUGACCCAGGCCCUUGCCAAAAGAGCUAAAAUGGCUGGGGCCGCUAUCUUGCAAAAUUGUCGCGUAACUAAGAUUACAUACGAUGCCAGUGGAAGAGUUUGGGUUGUGACGGGGACGAACACAAAUGUGGCGCCACAGCCUGCAUCCGGCGAGAAAGUGGAAACAUUAUUAUCUUCAGACGCUACUUCAGAAAGUGUUAAUUACGAAAAAGUGGAAUAUACUACUAAGCACGUUGUUAAUUGCGCAGGGCUAUGGGCUCACGAAGUUAUGAAGCUUGUCGGAAUCGAAAACAUUCCUUUAGUACCUAUCCACCACCAAUAUUUGAUAACCGAAAGCUUGCCUUCCCUUAUAGCAUUCCCACCCGAAAGUGGUAGGGAAGAAAUAGCCGUUAUGAGGGAUCUUGAGAAUUCCUAUUAUAUGAGACAAGAAAAGAAUGCACUUUUGAUAGGGCCUUACGAAAAUUCGAAAAUUAUGGAACUUAGAGAGGAUUGGAUUACGCGGGGAGUACCAAAAGAUUUUGGAAAACAGCUGUUUCCACCCGAUAUAGACCGGUUACUUCCUUAUUUAGAAGCUGCUAUAAAACGAUUUCCGGUUCUGAAGGACCUUGGAAUCAAGGUUUGCGUGCACGGUCCUAUUAUGUAUACCCCAGAUGUUCUGCCUUUGGUGGGUCCGGUAUCUCAUUUACCCAACAACUUUUGGAUUGCAGCUGGUUCUGGUUAUGGUAUCGUACAUGCGGGGGGAAUAGGAAAAUACUUGGCAGAAUGGAUAAUAAAUGAAGAACCACCUUACGAUUUGAUAGAAUGCGAUCCAGAUCGCUUCGAUCCUGAUAAAUGGGCUGAUAAAAAAUACGUUUUUGCGAAAGCGAGAGAAAGUUAUGGUAUGAACAACGCCAUCUAUUUCCCUAGAGAACAAAGAAUAGCUGGUAGACCGACUAAAAGGUGUACGCCUUUGGCCCAAUAUCUUUCAAAGGAAAAAGGAGCCAUAAUGGGAUUUAAUAAUGGUUGGGAACAGGCUCUAUACUUUCUACCCCAUAAAAUGCGGCGAGACAUCAGAUGCAACGACUUGAUAGCCAAAGAAAGCCAAAAUAUAAAAAAUGACCAAAUUUACCAUAAAUUCCACAUGAAUCCUUAUUACGGCGUUCAAUCAGAAUGGUUUGACGCUAUGAGGCAAGAAGUGCAAGACGUCACAAAUUGUGUAGGCCUUAGCGAUCUCACACCUUUCGGGAAAUUUAGGAUAUCCGGAUUUCGAGCACAUGAUUUUUUGGAUUGGAUUUUCGCUAAUAAGUUGCCCAAAGUAGGUAGAACUACUAUAGCUCAUUGUAUAGCACCUCAAAGUGGCAAUGUGUUUAGCGAGAUGACUAUAUCCCAUCUUACACUUAACGAUUAUUUAUUGGUUACUGGAGCUGGUUCAGAGUUGCACGAUUUUAGAUGGCUCAGCCAUCAAGCAUACAACUACGCCCUAGAAAAUAAUUUCCCGAAAUCUAACGUCUUUCCUAUUGAUAACCAGGAUUUAUGCCUUUCGAAUGUAACCGAUGAAUUGGGUUGUUUGAGCAUAGCGGGUCCUCUCUCUAAAAAUGUGAUGGAAAGAUUGACCGAAAAUGGAAAAUUGAUCGAUGAUUGGAAAUUUAUGGAAAACAAGAAUUUUAAAGUGGGCAAUGACAUGAAUAUCUUAGGCAUACGGUUAAGUUAUACGGGAGAAUUAGGCUGGGAACUCUACCAUCCCAUAAACCGUACUAUGCAUCUCUACUCUUUAAUUCAUAACAUUGGCCUUCCCUUAGGUAUAACAGAUUUUGGUGGGUAUGCCACGAACUCCCUGAGGAUUGAAAAAGGGUUUAAAGCCUGGUCUCAUGAGAUGAAUAUGGAUAAAAAUCCGUUCCAAGCUGAAUUGACUCCCUUCAUCAAAUUGGACAAGGAAAACGAUUUCUUAGGAAAAUCCACGUUAAUUAAUUUAAAAUCCCAAUUUUACAAGGACCCGGACAAUAAAGUUUUGCGUUUUUUAACAGUUGAAAAGUUAAUCGACAGCGAUAAAGCGUCUGGAAAAGUAUUUCAAGUAGAUGAAAUAGAUCUGGAAGGAAAUGAGAGCGUUUGGCACGAAAAUAAAUGCGUAGGUUAUACGACGAGUGGUUCUUACAGCUUUGCGAUCGGCAAACACAUCGCUAUGGCAUAUAUACCUUUGUACUUAUGCCAAAAUGAUGAUAUUGUUAAGUUGAAUUUCAUGGGCAAUUUCUACGAAUGUAAAAUUCACGCAAAGCCUUUGGUCAAAACCGUGGAACAGCUAAAAAAACAAUUGAAGUGAUAAUUACUGGAGUGCAUCGCAGAUAAAAGGAAGAAAAUAUAUAGCGUAAUAUAACCAAAAACGAAAGAACAAAAUUAUAUAAUAUGCAUUAUUUAUAUUGGAUUUAAACUAUAAAAUAUUCUACUAGAAAUGCUUAUUGUAAUUUCUAACAAAAAAUUAUAUAUUUUGCAUUUAUAUGAAAUCGUGAUAAAUUUAUAUAAUUAUACCCGUUAUGAUAUUAUGGUAUUUAUAUUCUUUUUUAAACCACUUCGCCUAAAUU